AUGCUCUUCAUCCGACCCUUCAUAACUAUUUUGCUCGCUCAAACAGCUGGCACUGCGCCAGCCCCUGCGCCAGCGCCAGCAAUUGCCCCUGAGCUUCUCCCGCAGGCAAAUAAUCUAAGUCCAGGAGAUCUAGUCCUCGGGAUCGGCAGCUUUGUCAAAAGACUCGUUGGUCUCGCGCCUAGAGAUGAGGUCAAAGCCUUUGGAGACUACGGAUCUUACGGAAAAUAUGGAAGUUACGGUAGCUACCCGGACAUAGGCGGUGAGGUCAGCGGCGAGGUGGAUAACAAGGUUGACACCGUGGUCGAAACAAGUUCGACAACAACUUUGACGACGACAAUGCCUGUUUUCACUACCACCAUAACCUUGAGGUCUAAAAGCACAGCCUCUCCUACUGUCACCGCAGUGAGUACAGACCGCCGCUUGUGA